GAAGAUAGACUAUUCGUGCAUUUUCAAAACUGCAGAGGUUUCCCGCACAAAUACCACAUUUUCGCUCUCUGCUCGUCACACACUAUCGAACAAAACCGAAGAAGCUCUUCGUCUUUUUAAUUUUUCAACUGAAUAAAGUACAUCCUGCAAGAACCUAUAGCGAAGAACACCAUCUGAGUCGGAGAAAUCUUCUUCUCGAAUGGCUUCGAAGGAUGCGGAAGAGCUCCUCUUCAACACCGAGACCGAGGAAGAGACCAUUGCUGUCCAGAAGAAGCGCUCGAGGCGCGUGAGCUUCGCUGAAAUAACAUCAGUUCACGUUUUCGACAGAGACGAUGAGCUCGAAACCCCUCCCGACUCCAAGCCUUUCACCUCCGAGGACGCUUCCCAAUUAGGGCAGUCCGACGGCAUUUUAGGGUUUCUCAGGGAGGCCGCCGACAGUGAUGAUUCCAGGGAUGAGUUCUCUCAGACUGAAGAAGACGACGAGGACGAUGAUCUCGAUCAGAGGAAGUCCUUCCUCUUGCGCCCCCUUGAGUCUCCUUCUCCAGGAAGCACCAUUGGCUCUGCCACUUCCAAUGACGAAGAAAACUUUUUUGGACCUGUAUCGGCAAGUUUUAUCAGACCCAGACAGCUAUCUGAUUCUGCAAUGUCAGAUGAAAAUCAUGACAUUACAAUGGAUUCGACAGCAUUUUCAAUGCAUUUUCGCAGUCUUGCAAGGUCAGACUCUGCUGGAGACAUCAAAACCCCAACACGCCUUACCUUUGAAGAGAAAACACCAGUGCAGAAUACAGCCUCUUCUAAUGUUGGAAGCUUCAUGGUACUGACAGGAGCUAAGAAACCAAUAUUUCCAGCUUCUGUACCUGCUGAUAAAGUCAGGGCUGGUACUGAUUCAAAUGAUAUGAGUCUUAUUGGAGAAAAUCCACAUAAAUAUGACUUUGAGAGACUUUCUCCUGGAUUGGAUGCACUUCUGGCACAAGGAAGCAAGGAUCUUCGUGCUGUGUUACUUUCUGAUGAUGAAACUGUACCCAAGUCGCCAAACUAUGUAAAAAAGGGGAGUACGAUUGACAAGAAUAAAGCUGGAAUCAUGGAUUCAAGGGGUUAUGGAGUUCUGGAACCCGCCAACAUUGUUACUCAUGGUAUAUCCAUCGAGACAAUGUCCAUAGCUCGUAACCGAUUAGGUGAUCCAAAUGAUGAUUCUACAGCCACUCCAAUUGAUAGGAUGGUCCGUACUAUAAAUGAUGCUCCAACCUCUGAUGCCUUUAUUGAUCAACAAAUCCAGACUCCUAUUUUGCCAACUAGACGCAUUUCACCGAGCAAGAGUCAGCAAUCUAUCAAAAAUGCACUUGAGAGGAGUAGAUUGAAAUUGCAGGGCAUUUCACCAAGCAAGAGUCAGCAAUCUAUCAGAGAUGCACUUGAGAGGAGUAGAUUGAAAUUGAUGUCUGCCAUUAAGAGAGGCAGUGCAUCAUCUACAGUUAAAAAAGUUCUGCAGUUGGAUUUUUCUGAAGAGCAUGAAUCCAGCUAUUUAAGUUCCAUUGAAGGAUUGCUUGAAGAAAUUUGUCCACAAGAUGGAAGACAUGCUUCUGAAAUCAGUCAGAAGUCUGUCCAAAAGGAUGAUUCUCCAAUUGUAGGCACCACACUUGAUUAUGGGAAUGAGAGGAAUGCUUCUGGUACAUCUGGUAAUUUUGUUUCUUCUCCAGUGAGAAAGAGAUUAUCAACUUCCCCAGGUUUUCAAGGUAGUUCUCCUAGGAGUUUAAAGCAUCUGGAUCAGCAUGUUAAACUCAUUAGUUUUACAUCGGGACAAGAUGCAGAUUCUGUAGAUGUUCCCAAUGCAACUGAAUCUACUGCAAUGACUGACAAUUUGGACUUUUUGUCCAGUGGGAGGAGAUUGCAAUCUAGCUUGUCCUUCAUGGAGACUAACCAUUUGAAAGACUUGGUGCAAAUAAACAGGAAGGAUGAGAGAGCAAUUAAUUUUCAUGAUCUUCAAAAUGAAUCCAAUGCCUUUGGAAACUUCCAAACCCCUGUAAGGAAUAAGGGUGCCUUACAUUUUCAGUCGGGAAACCUGGACAGGAACCUUCAAACUGGAACUGAUCCAACUAGAUUUAUAAAGGAUCAUCCUGGAGGAAGAAUAACGGCUUCUUUUUUUGGGUCUGCUUCUCCUUGCAUCCGUCGAAUAAGAACAGCUGAACAAGAGAUUCAGAGCUCAUCCAGGAAAGAUUCAUUUAAUACAUCAGAUAAUGAUGGUAUGCAUAUUUUUGUUGGGAAGGAUAUGCUAUCUCCCACAUCUAGUUCAUUUACAAAUGAACAUGUAAACAAUGACCAUCACCACGGACAUGAUGUUUCACAGACAAGAGUUCUGAUGCGAGAUAUUGAGAACUCUUCAGGACGGAAAAGACGCAGCGAAGAAAUAAUUCUUGGGGAUGGAGACAAUGCGAAUGAGAGUGCUAGGAUUCAGAGGAGUUCUAAAGUCCAUAGAGGUGGUGGUUGUGAUUUAAAAUACCCAUUGCAAUGUUUUAAUGAAAGUAAUAGUGGCGCAAAGAAGAUUGAAGGGUACAGCACAUCAAGGCAUUGGACUGAUAUUUUCGCAAAAAUCUCGGGGGAUGCUAAGCAGUUGCUUUUUCCAUUGACCAAUAAGCUUAAUUUGCAAGCGAUUGGUGUGCUGGAGGAUAUUGUGGUUCACCUGCAAAAGGUUAAAGCAUAUGAGUUGCUUUGUUCCCAAGUUCAGUCCCAGAAAACUUUUGAUCCUUGCAGAGAUUCUAGGCAUAAAAGAGUAGCAGAAGCAAGAUCAUUGCUGUAUAAAAUGGCCUAUGAACAUGCCAAAUUACAGUUAACAUGUCUAAAGCGAGAGAGAUUGCAGAAAAGAGUCAAGUUAUUGAGCUCUGGAGUUCAGGAGUCUCAAAUGUUAAAGUUGACCAGGGCAGCAAUUGCUCAAAUGAAUGAUAGUCACACUCAAUCACGGACAAUUAAUUUGGAGGGGAAAAAAGAGCAGCUUGCCUUGGACAAAGUGACUGCAAUGAGGCAGGAGUUGGAGGUUUCAGACAGAAAGAUAAAGAACCUAACUGAGUCCUUUUACAAUUCUUGUAAGACAAUGAAUGGACUAAAUAGUGCUGAUACUAUUGUGUCAGCCAAUGCUCACUUGAAGAGGAGAAUGUGUAGCCAGUUUAUCUGCCAGGAUUUGCAGUUGUGGGAAGUUGAUGAUUUGAAGAGUAAGAAUGGUACUCGCACUAUUGUUCUCAACUACAAAGACCUCAUAUUUCAAAGGUUCACAGUAAAUACUGGUGCAGUUUCAAGCAUAGUUGUUUUAAACAAACCAUAUGAUAUAGUUAUCGCAAAGAAAUUUCCAAACAUGGAGGCCUGUGUUGCGUUUGCAUUUGUGUUAAGUGCUGAGACCACUCGAAAAUGUGUAGGUCUAAGAAGUUUGGCACAACAAACCCAAAUAAUAAGUUCACUUUUAUCCAAUCUGUUAGAUGUGCUUGACGAAGUACAGUUUGCACAGAUAGAGUUCAGGAAUCUGACCCAUGCAAGAUUUCAUUCUCCCUCUGUUCAGCAGCUUGAUUUAGAGUUUUGUUUCAUUGAUUUUAAGAGUGGAAAGAAGGCAGUUUUGACUCUUGACAUGACGAGUUUGAAUUGCGGAGUUUAUCCAUCAGAUAUCCUUCCCUUUCAGCUAAAAGUGUUAUCCGCCGGGACAGAAGAAUCACCGCCUCAAUCACUUUGUGCUGAAAUUAGAGCUGCUCUUGAGAGAGUUACAGCCGGAUAUAGGAGGAUUGUACGACUUUGUACCUGUGUUUCACAGGUGGUCAAAGCUUCAGGUGAGGUAGCAAGAGGUGCAUUACUUGCGUAAUUUGCUUGGUCUCAUUUGCCUCUCCAGCUUAUUGUUAAAGGCGAGACAAUAUAUGCUCUCUUACGUGUGUACUUUGAAGCUAACAGCUAUCUGAGUUGUUUAAAGGGGGCUGUAAAUGUCACAAAAAUUCCUCUGCACGUAUCAUGAUUCACGAGUUGUGUUACUUGCAUUAUCCAUGGGUUGCAUGCAGUUCAAUUUUCAGAUCUACAGGGCUAGAAAUUCACUUUGGAUAACUCAUUUUAAUGGAUGUUAUUAAAUUGGGAUCCUAUGUAGGUUUGCUGGGAUUAUAAGCGAGGAUCAGAUUGAGGAUUGUAAGAUUUUAUUCUAUAAAUAAAUAUAAAAUUUGCUAGUGAGUGUUGAA